AAAAAAAAGCAACCUAACUUUCAUUCCAAGUUGGACCCAUUCCAUUUGAAAAAAAAAAAAAAAAAUCUUUUUGCUCAACAGAUUUCUCCAAAAUCAUUAGGGGUUUAGUUGGGUUUUUCCAUAUUCACUUGCCUCCUCCCUCCUUCAUUUCCCCCAAAAUUCUCCAUUAGGGUUUCAGAAUCCAUAGGAGCGAAGUCAUGUCGAGCCUUCAAGCAGUCGGCAUAACACAUCUCCAAUUUCGGCUGAGUAAGUUCUGCCCUUGCGAUGCAACGGUUCCGAUCAAGACCUCCAUGAGCUCAGAUAAUCCAAAAGAUACAUUUGCCCCUUUUUAUUGAUAGAUGGAACCUGGAUCAACAAAGACAUGGUAGUAAAUUUUUUAUUUUAAAAUAAUUAUUAUGGAUCGAAUUGAAUCAUUACUCUGGGAAGAAUAAGUGACCUUUACAAAAGUAACAAAUAUCAGUUGAUCCUGUGUGCUAGGUUCGAGGCAUGGUAGUAAUUAUUUACUUGGUCUCAGUGAAAUUAAUAUGAUUGAGGAGAAGAGCUCGUUUAAUUUCGCAGAUUUCCAGGAAAUAGUCAGGCCUGGCAGUAGUUCUUGACUUGGUCUUAGUACACCUGGCUAUACUGAUAUUUGUUCAAGGGCAAAAUUACGUCUGUUUUUGUGGAUUUUGAUUUGGGUACUCCUACCUAUUGAGAUAACUUGUUUAAGUGAAAGGGCUCAUCUAUUUUUGCAUAUUCUGUUUUAAGCACUCCUGCCCAUCCAAAUAACUUGUUCAAGGGGAGGAGCUCGUCUAUUUUUGUUCACUCCAUUUUAUGAAAUUGGAAAGUGUAGUGCAAGGCCUCGGCAUGGCAGAGAAAGAAAGCAAAGAGAAUCAACAAAUAGUACAGUUUUAGUUGAAGUGUUUUGUUGUGGCCAUGAUAUAUAUUUCUAUAUUGCAUUCUGUUGUUUGAGAGGAAUGCUGUCCAAGUAAAGAGCCAGAUAGUUCACCUUGAAGAUUCUGGUUGGAUUUCUUGAGGAAUGUUGUUUGUGAGGAAUGCUGUCCAAGUGAUGGAAGCAAUUAUAGGUGAGGUCCGUUGCAAACCCAGAAAUUUGGGUAUUUCUCAUUGUUCUGAGGUAAUUUUUUCAUUUGGGUAUUUCUUAUUUUCGUAAAAUUAUGUUUCUGUAGAGAUUUGCUCUUGUUUCUCAAGAAAAUUUAGUUCAUUUU